AUGUCGUCUGCUUCGAAUCACGGUCUUCAUCUCUUCUUCUUCUUCUUCCUCUUCUUGGGCUUCGCCUCCUCCGCCACCUUCCUUUCCAAUGAUAUUUUCCAGUCUGGUGGAUCCAUUGGACGUUCCCUUCUUCAGGCCAAACAAAAUUGUCCUGUGAACUUUGAGAAUCAGAACUACACGAUCAUCACAAGCAAGUGCAAAGGACCCAACUACCCAGCCAAGAGCUGCUGCGACGCCUUGAAGGACUUUGCCUGCCCUUUUGCAGAUGCUAUUAAUGACUUGAAAAAUGAUUGUGCUACAACCAUGUUCAGCUACAUAAACAUUUAUGGGAAGUACCCUCCUGGCCUGUUUGCGUCUCAAUGCCGCGAAGGGAAAGAAGGUCUCGCAUGCCCCGCUGAGGCACCAAAACCUCAGAAUAGUAGAGGUCAGAUAGCAGCUACUCACUCCAUCAUACUAGCACUCACUGCAGUCCUAGUAUUAUCAUUCAAUAUGUUCUGA